AUGUCUUGGAAGAGCAGAGGAAUGGAGUCGGUGCCUUCGAAGAGUUUUGCUUCGAGAAAACUCACAGUUCUACUUUGUAUUGGAUGCUUUUGUGCUGGGAUGCUCUUCACCGACAGAAUGUGGUCUCUGCCUGAAGCUGAAGAUGCAUCACUAUCAUCUGGGGUUGCUGGUGGAAAAGUUAAAUUAGCUACAGAUGGCUGUGAUAAAAAAGAUGCAAAAGGUGAGUCGUGGGACGCAUUUAGAGAAAUUUCAAAGACCCAUCAUUCUAUGAAGGACCUAGAUAAAACAAUUUCGAAUCUGGAGAUGGAUUUAGCUGCAGCAAGGUCUCUUCAGGACUCCCUUCUCAAUGGGUCCCCCAUAUCCGAGGAACUGAGGGUGCCCGAAUUGACCAAGAAAAGAAAAUAUUUGAUGGUGGUGGGCAUAAAUACUGCUUUUAGCAGUCGAAAGAGAAGAGACUCGGUGCGUGCUACUUGGAUGCUACAAGGUGAUAAUCGCAAAAAGCUAGAGGAAGAAAAGGGCAUCAUAAUCCGAUUUGUAAUCGGUCACAGCGCAACAACGGGUGGCAUUCUUGAUAGAGCCAUUGAAGCAGAAGAUAAGAAACACGGAGACUUUUUGAGAUUGGAACAUGUUGAGGGUUACCUUGAACUUUCUGCCAAGACAAAGAUCUAUUUUGCCACUGCUGUUGCACUAUGGGAUGCUGAUUUUUACGUAAAAGUUGAUGACGACGUGCAUGUUAACAUUGCCACACUUGGAGCAACGCUAGCUAGGCAUCGUUUGAGACCAAGGGUGUAUAUUGGGUGCAUGAAAUCUGGGCCCGUCCUAGCUCAAAAGGGAGUGAGAUAUCAUGAGCCUGAGUAUUGGAAAUUUGGUGGGCAAGGAAACAAGUAUUUUCGCCAUGCAACAGGGCAAUUAUAUGCUAUUUCAAGAGACUUGGCAGCUUACAUAUCAAUAAACCAGCACGUACUGCACAAGUAUGCAAAUGAGGAUGUUUCACUGGGAUCGUGGUUUAUUGGGUUGGAUGUGGAGCACAUAGAUGACCGAAGAUUAUGUUGUGGGACCCCUCCUGAUUGCGAGUGGAAGGCCCAGGCCGGCAACAUAUGUGUGGCGUCUUUCGACUGGACCUGUAGUGGGAUUUGCAAUUCGGCCGACAGAAUGAAGGACGUGCACAAAAGAUGCGGUGAAGGUGGAAAUGCCGUGUGGAGUGCAGAUUUCUAG